CCGACUGACUGCCCGCGCAAGCAGAUUUUGGAGCAGCCUGCACCCAUCUUACCAUGUGUUAGUGCGCCUCGCAAAUUCCGUUCUAUUACGGGCAUCAACAAUACUCUACGACGGUAUUAAGACAUGGUCGUCGUGCGGAAAUGGGGCGAAGAUCAUAUCAGCAAGUCCCUCAGACAAAUCGAUUCAAAUACCUGGCUCAUUGGUGGCCUUAUCCUCCAUCGCUCACCGUGUCCAUCCGAUGGGGCGACUUGGAAUGACGACGGCGACUAUUCAAGCUACACAUUGACGGAAGCACCGGUCCCUCUUCCACCUACAACACCGCCUGAUAGCCCGUACAUUAUGCUAGUUCAUGAAGCUGGUGAUGCUUCUGCCGUCUGGUCCAUUGGAAAUAGUGCUUUUUGCAAAGUUCGGUACAUUGAGGAGGGUAUCACACCCGAAUCAAUCACCUUGGACUUUGUCCAGAAUCAACAACCCAGCUUUAUGACACCCAAGGUUAUACAUCAUGCGUUCGGCAAUGAUCGAUCCUACCUGUUCCUCCGCAGGCUCCAAGGUCGGACUCUGGACGUUGCAUGGCCAACCCUGAAUACGCAGUGGCGACUCCACUAUGUUAAUGCCGUGGUAGACGUCUGCAAAGAAAUGGCAGAGUGGAAAGGGCAUAGGGUUGGCGGUGUGGACAAUCAAAACUCACCCGAAUACUUUCUCGUCACGCCCCGAGGUAGCGACAACUUCAAUUCGGUUCAAGCGGGAUGUGAGGCGAUAGGAAUGGAUUGCUCUAAACCCGUCUUCUAUCAUGCUGAUCUCGGACCUGGAAAUAUCAUUGUGGAGGACGAGCCGACUACAGGAGAUAUUGGGAUUAUUGACUUUGAAAUCGCUGGUUAUCUUCCUCGAGGUUGGAUUAGGACUAAGUUUCGACUUUCUAGCGGGAUGAACUUGUCUGCUUCAGCAAGCGAUCAUCCAACCUGGUGGAGAGCAGAAGUUCAGAAAGCGCUUGAAGCUCAUGGGUUUGAGGAUCACGUAGAUGCUUGGAUGCGGUGGCGGGGCUAUGGCGCGCCCUAGCAGUGAUUCAAACAUUUCACUAUUGAGGAUUGAGAUAGGAUUUUACGAUU